AUGUCCAAUACUCGAAGUGGUCGUGGUUUUUCAUCAAAUGAUCGUAAUAGUAAAAUUCGAUUUCAUCUUUCUGAAGGAUCUUCUACUGCGUCACCAUUAAUGCAAGAUAUAAAUGAUUCAACUUCCCCAUCAGUUAAUCAUAACAUUAGUCGAACUCAACGAAAUCCUCUUAUUCAAUCGAAUACUGGUGUUGUUAGACAUCAUGGAAAUAGAACUCGCGGUUCAAAUACGAGAGAGGGAGGAAGACAAACAAAUUCAAACGAACAUUAUCGACCUUCUAGUGUAAAUGAUAAUAAUAAUAAUAAUAAUAAUAAUAGACGUUCAUCUAUAAGACCUGAUUAUGCUGCUUCUAAUUCAACAACUGGGAAUCCAACAAAUAAAAUAUCGUCUCAACCACCAAUUAGAUAUGAUACACUUACAAAAUUACUUAAUAAACAACCAGAUGAAAUUCUUGCUGAAAUGCUUCGUCCGAAUUUUCAAUUAAAAAAAUUUCUCAAUGAUAAUCGUAUGCGAAAUCAAUAUGAUUGGAUAUUAUCAAUGACAACAUUACUUGAACAAGUAAUAAAAUGUGUAGGAUCACGUGAACGUGUAGUUAUGAUUCUAGAACAAUUACCUAAAACAUUAUAUAUCGAUGGUGUUUAUGUUGAAGUUCGUAAAACAGAUAUAAUUACUGAUCAAUUACGUUUUAAUUUUAUUAAAUCAUUUCUUAAUAUAUCAAAUGCAUUUCUUUCUAUGAUACCAAAUUCAGCAGAUGAUUUAACAAAAAUAUUUGAACGUAUUGAAUUAUUAUUUACUAAAAUUCAAAUGAAAACAUCUGAAUAUGAAGAAACAAAAGUAAUACUUGAUGAAGUACUUGAACGAGUUAAUGAAAUAGAUCAUCGAAAACAACAAUAUCAACAAUCAAAAAUAAAAAAUACUACUACCACUACUACCAAUCAUAUCGAAUAUGAAGAUAAUCCACCUCCACCAGAUGAUUAUCGUCAAUUACAAAUAGUACCUGAUGUAAGAGAAAUUUUAUCUGAAAAACGAACAUAUCUUCGAGAAAAUAUUGUUGAUGGUGUUUAUAAAGAUCCACAACAUUAUCUUGAUAUUCAUUUUCGUCUUUUACGUGCAGAUUUUGUUGGUCCAUUACGUGAUGGUAUUGAACAAUAUUUAUCCAAAGCUGGUGGUAAAAAUUUUAAUGUACGAAUUUAUGAAAAUGUUCGUUCACUUGGUCCACGAUUGAGUCCACGAAAUGGUAUUGUUUAUGAUUUAUAUUUGGAUCCUAAAAUGGCAUCAAAAAUUUCUUGGGCUAAUAGUCGACGAUUAAUAUAUGGCAAUUUACUUGUUCUUACUCAUGAUCAAUUUAAAUCAUGUGCAUUUGUUACUAUUGAAGAUCGAUCAAAUAUUGAAAAAGAUUUUAUUUUAUCGGUAAAAACAUUAGAAAAUGUAAAUAUGACUGAACAAAUACAAAUUGAUCUUGAUGAUAUUGAUUUUUCAUAUACAUUAACAAUGAUUGAAACAAUGACAUAUUUUGAAGCUUAUCGUCCAGUUCUUAGUGCAUUGCAAUCAAUUAAUAUUGAUGAAUCAUCAUUUCCUCUUGCACCAUUUCUUCUUAAAUUAACUAAUGAAAAAAUUCCACCAGAUUAUGUAACACCAACAACAACAUAUGAUUUUACUCCUCUUCUUGUUGAUCCUAAUUCAGAUGUAAAAACAAAUAUUGUUAAUCCUGAUGCGUUAUCAACACGUCGUACUGUACAUCGAGUUCCUCUUACUCAACAACUUACUACUAAAGAAUUUCGAAUUACUUAUAAACAAUCUAAUCAAGUAGAAAGAAAAUUUAAAUCCGUUUCAUUACUUGAUACAAAUCAAUGGCCGACAAGUGAUGAAUUACAUCUUAAUCCAAAACAACGAGAAGCUUUAAUUUUAGCCUUAACACAUAAAGUAGCACUUAUUCAAGGACCACCGGGUACUGGAAAAACAUUUCUUGGUGUGCGAAUAACUGAAAUGCUUUUAUAUAAUCGAUCAGUAUGGUGUCCACCAGGUGAACAAUCAACACCAAUUCUAAUGAUAUGUCAUACAAAUCAUGCACUCGAUCAAUUUUUAGAAUUAAUUAUAAAACGUCUCAAAAUAAAUGAAGGUAUUAUUCGUGUUGGUAAUCGAUGUCAAAAUACAACUAUUCAACCAUUUUCAUUACUUAAUGCUCGUCGACAUGUUCGUGAAAACCGUGCUAUACCUAGUAGUAUUUAUCAUCAAAAACAUGCUAUCUUAGAUAAAAAAACUGAAGCUGAAGAAGAAUUAAAAGUACAUGAACAUAAAAUGGAACAAUCACGAACAAAUAUUAUACCACUUUCAUCAUUUAUGCAAUGGAAUCUUAUUGAUGAUGAACAUAUUUCAUCAUUAUUAGCUCCAUAUAAUGAUAUACCUGUUGAUACAGCAUUAUCAGAUUGGCUUGGUCUUAAUUAUGAAUAUGAACAAAUACCUGAUGAUUUUCUUAAUUUAGGCGAACUUGAAACAUCAAUGUUGAAUAUGAAUAUGAAUGAUCAAGAAGUAGGACAACAACAACAACAACAACAACAACAACAAGAAGAAGAAAAAGUUGAUGAUAAUGAAGAAGAAAUUAAUGAAGAAGAAGAAGAAGAACAACGUCGACGAGAUGAACUUGAAAUCGAUGAUAAUGAAAAUAUGUUUGCAGCUACUAUUAAAAAAUCACAAACAACAGAAUCUAAAUCAACAAAAAAACAAAUAUUAUCAACAAAUGAUGAUGAUGAUGGCGAAGAAGGAAAAUGGACAGUUGUAAAAAAGAAACCUUAUGAUCGCCGUCGAUUAAUAAAAUAUAUUAUUCAAAAUCCAACAACAUUCAAUGAUCAAACAGUUCAACAAAUAAAUAUUGAUCUUUGGUUACUUCCAAUGACUCAACGUUAUGAUUUAUAUCGUUAUUGGCUUUUAAAAUAUCAACAAUAUUUACAAUAUUCUGUUCGUGAAGCAAGACGUGCAUAUAAUCAAGCAGCAUCGGCUCUUGCUGAAUAUCAUCAAGAAGAAGAUUAUUAUAUUUUAAAAGAUAGUGUUAUUGUUGCUAUGACAACAACAUGUGCUGCUAAAUAUCAUAAUGUAUUAGAAAAACUUCAAAGUAAAAUUGUUAUUGUUGAAGAAGCAGCUGCAAUUUUUGAAGCACAUAUUAUUACUGCAUUAAGUACAAAAUGUGAACAUUUAAUAUUAAUUGGUGAUCAUGUACAAUUAAGACCUAAUCCAAGUGUAUAUCGUCUUGUAACGAAAUAUCAUAUGGAUGUAUCAUUAUUUGAACGUUUUAUUAAAAAUAAUUUCCCAAAUGUUCGAUUGAAUAUUCAGCAUCGUAUGCGUCCAGAAAUUGCUCGUCUUAUGAAACAUUUUUAUGAUGAUUUGGAAGAUCAUACAAGUGUUAAAACCGAUCGACCAUCAAUACGUAGUAUUGAUAGUAGUGUCUAUUUUAUUAAUCAUUCAAAUAUUGAAACAACUGUUGCUGAUGGAAGUUCAAAACGAAAUGAAUUUGAAGCAAAUUAUGUUAUUGCAUUAGCACAAUAUUUAAGAAAACAAGAUUAUCCAGCUGAAAAAAUAACUAUACUUGUUAUGUAUCUUGGUCAACGACAAUUUAUUGCUAAACAAACAAAAAAUAUUAAAUUAUUACAUGGUGUUCGUGUUAUGGUAACAGAUAAUUAUCAAGGUGAAGAAAAUGAUAUAAUUAUAUUAUCAUUAGUACGUAGUAAUCACGAUAAAAAGAUAGGUUUUCUUAAAACAAAUAAUCGAAUAUGUGUUGCUUUAUCACGUGCACGUUGUGGUCUAUUUGUUAUUGGUAAUAUGAAUUUAUUAGCAGAAGUUGAAGAUAUGUGGAAGAAAAUUGUUAAAUCAUUAAUUGCUACUAAUGAAAUUGGAACAGGUUUAUGUCUUUCUUGUCGUCAACAUUCAAAAGAGAAAUUUCUAGCUGAUAAACCCGAAUCAUUUAUGAAACGUCCUGAAGGUGGUUGUAGUAAACCUUGUGAUGCUCGACUUAAAUGUGGACAUCGAUGUGAAUUAAUGUGUCACAAUUAUGAUUACGAACAUAAAGAAAUUGUUUGUCGUAAAAAAUGUAAUGAAAUUUUAUCAUGUGGUCAUCCAUGUACAAAACGAUGUCAUGUUUCUACAUCAAAUCAACAUGAUCCAUGUCGAAUUCCUGUAGAGAAAAAAAUAUCAACAUGUAGUCAUACGAUACGUUUUCAAUGUGCACGAACACCAACGAGUGAUGAUUGUACACAUCCAAUUAUGAAAAAUCUUUCUUGUGGUCAUUGUGUUCAUGUACCUUGCCGUAUUAGUUCAUCACCAUCGGAAUUACAACGAUUUUCUUGUCCAAACCCAUGUAAUACAAUGCUUGCAUGUAAACAUAAAUGUACAGGAACAUGUGGAAGUUGUCAUACUGGUCGAUUACAUAUUCCAUGUCAACAAAAAUGUGAACGUUCAUUGAUUUGUUCACAUGUUUGUAAAGCACCUUGUGCUGCUAAUUGUCCACCUUGUUUACGUAAUUGUGAAACACGUUGUGUUCAUUCACAAUGUAAAAAGAAAUGUGGUGAAUUAUGUAUACCAUGCAAAGAGCCAUGUGCUUAUAAAUGUAAACAUCUUCAAUGUACUCGUUUAUGUUCUGAACCAUGUAAUCGUGGUCCAUGUAAUGAACCUUGUGAUAAAAAAUUGAAAUGUGGUCAUGACUGUAUUGGUAUUUGUGGUGAACCAUGUCCUCAACAAUGUCGUAUUUGUAAUAAACUUGUUGUACAAGAAAUAUUAUUUGGUACAGAAGAGGAACCUAAUGCACGUUUUGUUUUCUUACCUGAUUGUAGACAUAUAAUUGAAGUAACUGCACUCGAUAAAUUCAUUGAAAAUUCAUUUAAUAAUCCACAUGAAAAUACAGCAAUACGUUUUCCUGAAUGUCCACGUUGUAAACAAAAUAUUCGUCGUUGUACAAGAUAUAUGCCAAUUAUAAAUCAAGUACAUAAUUUAAUUGCACAAGUUAAAAAGAAAAUUUUAGGUAAUCAAUCAGAAAAAGAUUUAAAUGAACGACGAAUACGUUUAAUAAAAGAUUUUGAACAAACAGAAUAUAAUUUAAAAGAAAUAAAUCUUCAACAAAAGAAAAAUUUCUUUGAUAUAUUAUAUGAUCAAGAUAACCUUUUAAGUGAUGAUAUAUUAAUCCUUAUGAAAAAUAUUCUUGUAUUUCUUAAUGAAAUUGAUAAACUUUUAAUUGAUGGACGAAAAAAAUUACCAAUAAAUACGUUUGAAAGUUUAAUUAGUUUACCUCUUAAUCAUAUUAUUAAAUAUUUGUUUGCACAUCCACAAUAUCGAAAUUUUGCUGAACAACAAAUAAAUGAUAUUGAAGCUGAAUUAAUACGUAUUCAUCGAUUAAUAUUUAUUGAAACUCUUGUAUUAUCAAUAAAACAACAAACUUCAACACGUAAUCUAAAACCAGAUGAACAAGAAGGCAUUGAUUCAAUGUUAUAUCUUACAACGAAAACAGGUCGAUUUACUGGAUUCGAUCAACAAAAAUUUGAUAGUCUAGUUAAAAAAUUAGAACAUUUAAAUAAUUUACCUGGCUUAGGUAUAACUGAGCGUGAACGAGUAGCAAUUGUUGCUGCAUUAAAUUUAUCUAGAGGCCAUUGGUAUGUUUGUCCUAAAGGUCAUCCAUAUGUGAUUACUGAAUGUGGUGGUGCUAAUCAAGAAAGUCAUUGUCCAGAAUGUGGUGAAAGAAUCGGUGGUCAAAAUCAUCAAUUAGUAUCAACGAAUCGUCAUUUUGGAUUAAUGGAUGAUUCACAAUAUGCAGCAUGGUCGGACGAAGCUAAUUUAAAUAUGAUUUUACCAAAUGAAGUACUUGGUUUUCAAACAGAUAAAAGUCUAGAAUGGCUUUCGAAAUCUCGACUUGUUGAUGAAAAUGUACGUAGUAUGUGGGAGAGUAUGGUUAAUAUGAAAAUUCAUAUUAUUGCUAUGCUUGAUUCGGAUAAUGAUGGACUUCGUAUAGUGGCAAUUAAAUUUAUUGAAAUGUUUGCACUUGUUUUAUCACGACGUACACAAGAUUCAAUUGUUACGAGUUCAAAUGAACAAGAUUUUUCUUUAAAUUUAUUACAAGAUGAUUAUCGAAUAUUACGUUGA